GGGGGGAGCAGGGGGAGGCCCAGUUACAGUGGUUCUAAGUAGGGGGAGGUAUGGCGAGGGAGGAGGGGCAGUUAGUGACUGUGCUGUGUGCCAGCCCCUCCUCCAACCUGGAGAAUUGUGCUUGUCAUCUGAGCCAGCCCUCAGGGGUCAGCAACUGCUGCUGUUGAGUGCCAGCGCGGCCCAGAAUAAAAUCUCCCUCAUCCAUGAUCUGAUCUGGCCUGUAUCCCUGAAACUGGGUGGGGGAACAGGGGGGAGUUGGCCUCACCCAGCUGUGCCCACCUUUCUGAGUGAAUGGAGGCGGUUGGAGGAUGGAUGGCGGCUAACAGAUUGAGGUUGAAUCCUGACAAAACAGAAGUUUUUGGGGGGACAGGUAGUGGGCAGGUGUGGAGGACUUCCUGUUCCUGAAUGGGGUAACUGUGGCUCUGAAGGACCAGGUACGCAGCCUGUGAGUCAUUUUGGACUCACAACUGUCCAUGGAGGUGCAGGUCAAUUAUGUGUCCAGGGCAGCUGUCUACCAGCUCCAUCUGGUACGCAGGCUGAGACCCUACCUGCCCGCGGACUGUCUCGCCAGAGUGGUGCAUGCUCUGGUUAUCUCCCGCUUGGACUACUGUAAUGCGCUCUACACAUGAAGGUGACUCAGAAACGGCAAUUAAUCGAGAAUGCGGUAGCUAGACUGGUGACUGGGAGUGGGUGCCGAGACCAUAUAACACCGGUCCAAAAAAUCUUCAUGGCUCCUAGUGCAUUUCUGAGCACAAUUCAAAGUGUUGGUGCUGAUGUUUAAAUCCUAUUUACUCCUGCCUCCAAUGCCCACCUUCUCUUCCUUUGUCUCUCUUGUGUUGAUUUACAGAUUGUAAAUUCCUCAGUGCAGAGGUCUAUCCUGCUAUACUCUGUAAAGCAUCAUGCAGAUUGAGGAUGGUAGAAAAAUAAGCAAAUAAAUGUUAUGUAGCCUAAAUCAAGUUAAGAUUUAAAAGGGAUAGGUACAAAAAAUGGAAAAGGGGGGAAAUCACCAGAGAGGAAUUCAAACAUAUACCCAGCACACGUAGAGACAAAGUCAGAAAAGCUAAAGCACAGAAAGAACUCAGGCUCGCCAGAGAGGUUAAAAGCAACAAAAAGGGCUUUUAUGGGUAUAUCCGUAGCAAAAGGAAGAACAAGGAAACAGUGGGGUCAUUAGAGGAGAAGAUGGUGAAAUGCAAACAGGGGACAGAGAAAGGGCAGAACUCCUCAAUGCCUUCUUUGCCUCAGUCUUCUCCCAAAAAGAAAACAAUGCCAAACCUGAAGAAUAUGGAGCAGAUGAUUCAGCAGAGGAAACACAGCCCAGAACAAGUAAGGAGGUAGUACAAGAAUACUUGGCUAGUUUAGAUGUAUUCAAGUCUCCAGGGCCAGAUGAACUACAUCCAAGUGUAUUAAAAGAACUGGCAGAGGUGAUUUCAGAACCACUGGCAGUAAUCUUUGAAAAUUCCUGGAGAACAGGCGAAGUUCCAGCAGACUGGAGGAGGGCAAAUGUUGAGGAGGGCUGCCUUGAGAUGCCUUCUAAAGGUCUGGUAAGAGGUCAAAGAGAACAAUUACCAGACCUUUAGAAGGCAUCUCAAGGCAGCCCUGUUUAGGGAAGCUUUUAAUGUUUGAUGGAUUUCUGUAUUUUAGAAUUUCUGUUUUUUUGGAAGCCGCCCAGAGUGGCUGGGGGAACCCGGCCAGAUGGGCGGGGUAUAAAUAAUAAAUUAUUAUUAUUAUUAUAAAAGAGAGGACCCAAACAAUUACUGCCCGGUCAGCCUGACAUCAAUACCAGGAAAGAUUCUAGAGCAGAUCAUUAAGCAAACGGUCUGUGAGCACCUAGAAAGAAACUCUGUGAUCACUAAAAGUCAGCAUGGGUUUCUGAAAAAUAAGUCAUGUCAGACUAAUCUGAUCUCAUUUUUUGACAGAAUUACAAGCCUGGUAGAUGAAGGGAACGCUGUGGAUGUAGCCUAUCUUGAUUUCAGCAAGGCCUUUGACAAGGUGCCCCAUGAUAUUCUUGUAAAGAAGUUGGUAAAAUGCGGGCUAGACAAUGCUACCAUUCAGUGGAUUUGUAAUUGGCUGACUGACCGAACCCAAAGGGUGCUCAUCAAUGGCUCCUCCUCAUCCUGGAGAGUAGUGACUUAGUGGGGUGCCACAGGGUUCUGUAUUGGGCCCAGUCUUAUUCAACAUCUUUAUCAAUGACUUGGAUGAUGGGCUUGAGGGCAUCCUGAUCAAGUUUGCAGACGACACCAAAUUGGGAGGGGUGGCUAAUACCCCAGAGGACAGGAUCACACUUCAAAAUGACCUUAACAGAUUAGACAAUUGGGCCAAAGCAAACAAGAUGAAUUUUAACAAGGAGAAAUGUAAGGUACUAGGUAAAAGGUAAAUGGACCCCUGACCAUUAGGUCCAGUCGUGACCGACUCUGGGGUUGCGCGCUCAUCUCGCAUUACUUGCCGAGGGAGCCGGCGUAUAGCUUCCAGGUGGCCAGCAUGACAAAGCCGCUUCUGGCAAACCAGAGCAGCACAUGGAAACGCCGUUUACCUUCCCGCUGUAGCGGUUCCUAUUUAUCUACUUGCAUUUUGACAUGCUUUCGAACUGCUAAGUUGGCAGGAGCUGGGACCAAGCAACGGGAGCUCACCCCGUCACAGGGACUCGAACCGCCGACCUUCUGAUCAGCCAGCCCCAGGCUCAGUGGUUUAACCACAGCGCCACCACACUUGGGCAAAAAAAAUGAAAGGCACAAAUACAGGAUGGGUGACACCUGGCUUGAGAGCAGUACAUGUGAAAAGGAUCUAGGAGUCUUGGUAGACCACAAACUUGACAUGAGUCUACAGUGUGAUGCAGCAGCUUAAAAAGCCAAUGCAAUUCUGGGCUGCAUCAAUAGGAGUAUAGCAUCUAGAUCUAGGGAAGUAAUACUACCACUGUAUUCUGCUCUGGUCAGACCUCACCUGGAGUACUGUGUCCAGUUCUGGGCACCACAGUUCAAGAAGGAUACUGACAAGCUUGAAUGUGUCCAGAAGAGGGCAACCAAAAUGGUCAAAGGCCUGGAAACAAUGCCUUAUGAGGAACGACUUAGGUAUGUUUAGCCUGGAGAAGAGAAGGUUAAGGGGUGAUAUGAUAGCCAUGUUCAAAUAUAUGAAAGGAUGUCAUAUGGAGGAGGGAGAAAGGUUGUUUUCUGCUGCUCCAGAAAAGCGGACACGGAGCAAUGGAUUCAAACUACAAGAAAGAAGAUUCCACCUAAACAUUAGGAAGAACUUCCUGACAGUAAGAGCUGUUCGGCAGUGGAAUUUGCUGCCAAGGAGUGUGGUGGAGUCUCCUUCUUUGGAGGUCUUUAAGCAGAGGCUUGACAAGCAUAUGUCAAGAAUGCUUUGAUGGUGUUUCCUGCUUGGCCAGGGGUUUGGACUGGAUGGCCCUUGUGGUCUCUUCCAACUCUAUGAUUCUAUGAUUCUAAGGGUAACAGUCGCUCAAGUACAAGUGUGUCCAGGAGUUUUCUCCUUUCUUUUCUCAUACUCCAUGAGAAAGGUUUCAGGAGCUUAGGCAAACCACAGUGUUCUGUGACAUUCAAACUGGGAAACUCUGGUUUAUUCUCUACUAUAAACCUGCAUAUAAUCCAGGAUACUGAAAGCAUCAUAUCUGAACUGGGCCUGCAUCACUUCAUCAUUCGCCCCAGUGCUUAAUUUCUGUAUGCCGGGCUGUUGUGAAAGACAUUAGAUCAGGCAUUCCCAAACUUUGGCCCUCCAGAUGUUUUGGACUACAAUUCCCAUCAUCCCUGACCACUGGUCCUGUUAGCUAGGGAUCAUGGGAGUUGUAGGCCAAAACAUCUGGAGGGCCGCAGUUUGGGGAUGCCUGCAUUAGUUCCUAUAAAGUUCACAGUGCCAAUGGUCUUCCUCCAUUUCUGUGACAAAAUCCAAACGAUUGCAGUCAACAUUUAGGCAUGUUAAAUAAACCAAUACAGCAUAGCUGCCAAGUUUUCCCUUUUCUCGCGAGGAAGCCUAUUCAGCAUAAGGGAAAAUCCCUUAAAAAAAGGGAGAACUUGGCAGCUAUGCAAUACAGACUUGCAGAUCACGCUACAAAAGUUGUUAAACCACAAAAUAUUUUACAAGUCCUACUGUUCACAUAUAUCAAUGUUAGGCAUUCCCCUCCCAGAAAGAAAAAUAUGUGAAUAGGGGAAAACUUCCCCUCUUUUUUAUCGGGAGGCAAUUCCUCAUAAGGAAGUAGCCAUCUAAAUUAUUCAAACCCCAUUGCAAAUCAGGUUUAUUAUCCAAAUUUACAGACUUUCAGCUGUUUGCAAUGAGCAAAUCAAACAAAAGCAAUUGAAAUAGCCCAACACAAUGGAUGCUUCAAGUGGUUCCCCCAAAUUAAGCAACUUAUACUGGCUUCUUAAGAUUUGCUGUUAUCCAACCCCCGAAUAGAAUAGAAUCCCUCACAACAGACCUCCAGAUAUAUGGCAGUACAGUACAGUAUAUAAAUUCAACAAAUAAAAAUAAAUAAUCAAGGGCUUCAUUAGUUGCACGAGGUGCUGAAGCUGGAACACAUGAAAUACCUGACCUGGCCAGGGGGUUGCUGAGUGACACAUUUGGCUGCAUGUUAGAAAUACGGCUAAGCCCAAGAAGGUAAGAGAAGAGAUCAUUGCCCUUCACAAAUAAGGAGCAGGAUACAAGAAAAUAUUAAAGGUACUGAAUGUUCCUAGAGUCUUUGGAUGCUUCAAGUGAAGUGGGGAAACACAUUGAAGCAUCUGUUUUUGUUUGAUUUGCUCAUUGCAAACAGCAGAAAGUCUGUAAAUUUUGAUAAUAAACCUAAUUUGCAAUGGGGGUUGAAUGAUUUCAGUUGCAACUGUAGUCCAAAGCACCCUAAGAUUGCAACUCGCAUUUCUCCCCCAAUCCUCUCAAGCUCUCCCUUUACCUCCUAAGGUUGCCAUCUUUCAUCUGGCCCUGCACUUGUGCCUUUAAAUGUAUAACAUAGAGGUACAUUAAAUAUAAUGUAACGUUUUAUUGGGUAUUCUGCCUACAGCACUCCUUAAAGUGUACUUCAAAAUAACAUGGGCAAGAGGACAAUUCAGAGUAUUUUAAUUUUAGCACAUAAACUGACUGAAGGAAGCCUUUCUGGCAAGCUCUCUUUGGGAAAGUGAAUUUUCACAGGAAAUCCAGCUACUUUGGUGAAAUCUGCCUCGGGUCUAGGAAAGAAGGAAGGAGAGGGCCCAAACACAUCCUUACAUUCUCGCCCCACCUGUGCUCCGAAGACUGUACAAAUACCACCUAUGUGGUGUGAGUCACACCUUCCUGAGGUUGUUGUUGUUGUUGUUGUUAUGCCUUCCAUCCGACUCACACCUGAGCAGAAUGGAUGGGGCAGGAGGCAAGACCUUCAGUGGAGUCCUGGUUCAAUGAAGCAGGAGACCUGCCAGAAUGUCCAAGAUCUACUGAAAUUACAAUAAAACCUGCAAGAAUCUGACACUGAGCAGUUGGGUAAAGAUCAGCUAUAAUUGCUUUGUUUAAUUUUUUUAAAGACAAAUUAUUAUUAUUAUUAUUAUUAUUAUUAUUAUUAUUAUUAUUAUUAUUUAAUGCAAAUCCAAAUCAAAAAACUAUUAAACACUUAUCCAGCAUUCAACAUUCAGACAUAUUACUUUAUGUAACCUCUCCUCUGAGAAUAUUGAGCAGAUGGUACGUGAUCUUGAUUUUGGUCAUUAACCUAGUAAAAGAAAGGGGCCCACGUUUCAUGGAAGGUGUCUCUCUCCGUUAAGCCUGUCAUUGUCCUGCUAUGUCUGGUGAGGCGCUCAGGCAGUGCUGUAGCCCAGGUAUUAUUUUCACAUCUGUUCAGGGGUUUUCAGUCUGGUUCUUCCAUUGCUGAGCUAAAUUGUUUGGUUUAAUAAAAUUAAUAAUAUAAUGGAACAAAACAUGUAUCUCCCAUAUUGGUCUCUACAGCCACAACAAGCUCUGUAACCUUCCAACAGUUUGACUUUACCCCCAAAGGUGCACUCUCUCCUCCAUUGUCUCCCAAGACAGAUGGAUGCCAACUCUCCAUGUACUUAAUUGCCACAAACCUAGUGGGAGCCGGACCUAGCAGACUCCAGUUUGUGAUAGUCUUGUAAAAUUGUGGGUCUCAAAUGCAGAAAAGCUUCAGAAAUCUUGAACUAUGUUAUUUGAGAGUGUCAGGACAUUAAAAUAUAAUCAGAAGCAAAGCCAGAAGAGUUACAUGUUUUAUGCUACUGUGAGGAUAAGAGCCCCCUCAUUACAUCCCCUUUCCUUCAGUAUUCUAUCCUUCCCGCCAAGAGUCUCUCCCCUCCUUUUCAUCCCUUCACUCAUUGUAAGGAUGAUUCUAAAUUUUUGAAAGACUAGUCAGUUCAUAUCUAGGUUGCCUAUCCAGAAAAGAAAAAGUGGCAUGAGAGAGAGAAUGUGUUUAAUUUGCCUUUUUUUCUUAAGCCUUAAACAAAUAUGCUCAUCAUGUUUUCAACCCUAUGUUUGAUGUACAUCGGGUGCAAUAAAUUGGAGAUUACAAAUGUAACUAUAGCUAGGGAAAUGAUAUAAGAGGACAGUUCCAAAUUGUUCAUCUGUUCCCGAGCCCUGUAAGAGAUAUUCAUAGGAUUACACUGUUAUUCCAUGUGCCAGACUCUUUGAGCCAACACAGCUUCUUUCUCAGCCACAGAUCACUGUGGUGUGAGUGAUGUUCGCUUAGACUCAGAGGGAAUUGCAGAGGUUCUGCGCCCUUUAAGUGCAAUGUUGAGGCAUGUGGAAACUUGCAUGCAUAUGGGGUUCUCCCUUUUUGUAUGUUCAAUGUCCCAAAUAAACUACUGGUUUGAGAGUAUGAAUGUCUUGCAUUAAAAUAAACACCCAAGAAGCAGAUAUCUGAGAAGCUAAUGUAUACCUCUUGAUUUGCAACAAAUGAAGCUGCAUGAAAAGCAAAGUACUUCUGCACACAAUGCAUAGUUGAGCUGUGGAAUUCACUCCCCCAGGAUAGGAUGGCCAUCAACUUGGGAUGCCUUUAAAAGAAGAUUAGAGAAAUUAAUGGAGCAUAAGGCUACCAAUGGCUACAAAACCGAAGGGUGAUGUUCUGUGUCCAGUGUUAGAGGCAGUAUACCUCUGAAUAGCAGUUGCUUAGAAUCGCAAGUGAGGAGACGGCUGCUCUUGCACUUGAGGCCACUUGUGGGCUUCUCAUAAGCAUCUGACCACCUUGAGAACAGGAUGCUGGACUCGAUGGGCCUUUGAUUUUAUCCAGCAGCACAUUGACCUGUGUGCAUCCUUUUUCUACUCUUAACAUUAAUUUUGUUGUUUUAGUUCACCUACCUGCUUUCAGGGCUGUAUGGGGUGCAAGGGGAAGGGUUCUGCCUCUGGUGGGGGACAUGUGGUGCUCCUUCUGGAGUCCCCAUCCUGCACUCAGCUCUUACCUGUGGCUCCUAGAAGCUGUCAGCAUGUGACAACGGGGAAUAGCUUCAGCUGGCCAGCUAAACCAGGUGAGGGUAGCCAAUGGGUCUCAAACCCUCAGUGGGAAGACCAGCUUUGGCGGAUUGAGCAGACGAGACCAAGAGUGGAUCUAACCAUCAAGAAGGCAGUUUCUGCACAUGCCAUAGAGGGAAGUGAGUCGCAGGUGGGGCUCAUCCACCUGAAAAGGUAGCCCAUCUAAGAGAAGGAAAACUCUGAUCCUAAACAUUCACUGUCUUGUGGGAUAUCUUUGGGAGGAGGAAAGGCUAAGGAGUAAGCCCUCCUUUUGGCAACUCCUGCAGCCAACCUGGUGCCAACCCUAUUGCUUUGCUUUCGUUUGGAGCACAUCAGUGAGGCGGAGAGGGGGAAUGUCACCUGGGCAGCCCAGGACCUCCACACACACUGCCCAGCCUUGCACCCGGGGGAGGUCACUUUGGUGCUGCUAACACAGCCAUUUGACUUCUUCACCCCUGGAGGCACACUCUGUUGUCUUUCGAGACAGAUGGGUGCCAACGUCCUUUUAAUUGGUUUGAAGAAUUAAUUAUACGUGAAUAUUAAUGGAAAUGAGAAUUUAUUUUUGUUUGUGCCAUUAAACAGUAAGAUAUUAUUUCAUCAUUUUUUCACUAGAACCAAUGCAAACACCACAGCUUUCUUAAAAUUGCUGUACCCUGAGUUUUACAGACCCUGAUGGUAACAAAAGAACUGUAAGAAGUCUGUCACGGCUAAGGGAAAGAGAUGUCCAUCCGGAUUGCAUGGUGCUCUGCUUGCAUCUUUGCCAUGACCUUUUAUACUUUGCCAAAGCCAUCCCAAAAUCAAGUGUGUUCCACGGAGAAGAUGGAGAACACCACUAUUGACAUCAAAGCAGCCUUUUCCAAAGGCAUCCGGGGGGAAGAUCCAAUCCAUGCUUCAUCUUGGGAAGCCUGUGUUGAUGUCUGCUGCUUGGGUGCAGACAGCAAGAAGUGCAAUUAUGUGGUCUUUAAUACCAGGAGCAAAGGAAAUUACACAAAUUGCUACCUGUUCUAUUAUCCCACUAAUGAAACCUGCCCGGUGAGACAUGUGUCAGGACUGGUGAGCUACCGAAUGAUAAAAGAUGCACAGGUUCCCAUGCCAACUCCUACCUCAGUUCAGCUCUCCCACCCAACUGUGAAUGGGAAGUCUGUGUCUGCACUGGCUGCUAUGUUCAACCCUCACAUCCCAGCAAGCCCUCUGCUUGGGUCAGGUCCUUUGCAAAAGCCCAUUCCCCCAAAGAGUGUAGAAAUAUUGAACCACUUAGAUGAUAAACAUGUGGAUGAGAUGGAUGGAGACUCCCAGCACCCACAAAGCAGAAGAGCAAAUGGUUCAAAGAGCUUGGGUUCUUCAACAAUGCCUGAACUCAAGAGUUUGUUGUCCCCAAGUACUCCAAAUACUAUUGAGCCUGGUAUUCCUACUGCACAGCCCCCAGUUAAGUCACCUACUAUUACCAAUGGCACCCAGGCUGGUACUAUAGUUCCUCACGUGUCUCCUAGAAAUGCAACAACCACUAGGUCUACUACAGCUUAUUAUAAGAAUGCACCUUGGGCAACUACAAAUCUAAGAAGUACCACCACUGUUCCCAACCCAUCUUCCACUGCUGGAUCUAGUGCUCGUAACCUCAGCCCACUGCUUAUGAAGAUUUCUUCUGCUUCUUUACAUGAUGUCCACCUUGGCAAUGGGCAACAAGGCUUGAAAGGCGAUAUGCUUAAUGGAGAUCCAAGCAGGGAACAUUUCCCUCCCUUUGGCGACAAAAGCAUACUUACAGCUGCAUUGCUUUUGGGGGUGAUAUUCUUUCUCUUAGUUACAGUGCUGGUAGGUAGAAAGAUGCUUGAAUCUCUUCAGAGAAGGCGUUACACUAAGAUAGACUACUUGAUCAAUGGCAUGUACGCCAACAUGUGACAGAGGAAAAAUGUGAAGAUGUACAUUAGUUGUAAUUUUGGAAGCUUUAUAGAUGGAUUGGAUUUGUCACAACAGAGAACAAGUUAUCUUUCCUACAAGGUCAAGUUUAAAUGUUUCAGUUAGCUCACGAAUGGAGUUCUCAUGUGGUAUCUUUGCUUGUUUGCAGUGUGUAUCAUGUGCAUAGCUGUCAACUUCUGGAUUGGAAAAUAAGGGAUCAGCAGCGGCGCGGCACUGGAAGUCGCUUCUGCGCAUGUCCAGACAUGUGCAGAAGUAACUUCCGGUGCCGGCUCUGCCCGAUUUCCGGUGUCCAGACAUGGGCAGAGCGGUGCUGGAAAUCGCCUCUGCGCGUGUCCAGACAUGUGCAGAAGCGACUUCUGGUGCCGGGCUGCCCAUGUCCGCAUGUUUGGGCAGCAGAAAUUGCUUCUGCGCAUGCCUGGGCAUGUGCAGAGGCGAUUUCCAGCAGCACUCGGCAAGUGAGCGAGCAGCCAGCCGGGAGCCGGGACAUUUACGGGGUAUUUUACAAUCUGGGGUUGCAGCGGGAAACGGAUUUAAAUUUGGGUGUUUCCAGCCAAAAACGGGAGGGUUGACAGCUAUGAUCAUGUGUUGGUUGCAUAUCAAAUCUCCUGCUUUCUGCAACAAGAAGUCUGUGAUAGUUUGGCAUUCUAUCCCAUGUGCAUAAUAAGGGCAACAUUUACAUUCAGCCAGAGCAGUUUGUGCAGCAGCCAAACUGACCAGCCUAAUGGGGACAGUGUCUUUCUCUGAAUGGUUGUUGAGAAUAUGGCAUGCAGGAAGAGACUAAUCAGUCUGCCCAAAAAUAGUGGUUAUGUUAGACAUUGCAGAAACAGAAGGCAGAACUGAGUUUAAAUACUGUCUGUGUCUGACUGCAUUUCCACACACAGUAAAAAAUCAACACAAACACCUGUGUGAUUGGAGACAAGAUGCCACACAGCACACAAGAUGCUUUCAGAGCAAACCGCUUUCCACUUUGCUUCUCACACAAAGUGCUAAGUCUAACAUUUAGACCAGGCUUCAGUCAAAAUGGGGCAGAGCAAAAUGUUAAAAGAAACAUGGGGCCUCUGCUAAGAAUGGGGACUCCCUCCCUGCCAUGUUCCUUGUGAUCUCAUUGCAUUGUGCGGCAGGGCCAGUGCAACACACUGCACAGUCAGGUCAGUGGGGGAGAACUUGAAACGAGCAUCCCAUUCUAGCAGCAUAUAGCUCUGCCAUGAGGGUUUUCUUUUCUUUUUUAAAUAUAUUUAUUGAUUUUUGCAACAAUACAACAUAGAAAAACAGAACCAGGAAAACACAAUACAUACACAACAUAACAAAAUAUCAACAUUACAACAAAAACAAAAAUAUUUCCAAUCAAUCUUAUAUCACGUAUCUUUGUUGACUUCCUCCAUUCCCUCCCAACUACGUUUCUAUAUAUCACUUCCUUAGUACUUUCCAAAUCUUGAUUCCAAUCUUUUUAAUAAUUAUCUAAACCUAUUAAUGCUCUUAAUACCUUAUCAAUACAAUAAAUCUCUUAUACCUAUCUCAAAAUAUAAUUCUAUUCUAAUUAAAUCUUAAAAAUUCAAUACCAUAAUAACACUUAACUAAAUCUUAAUACACAAUACACUUAACUAACACUCUUCUACAACCUCCUUUGCCAUGAGGGUUUUCUUAUGGGAAAUAUUAUGUCAUCAUUUGCUGUAACAAUUAAUUUUGAAAAAAUAAACCCAAGCACAAUUUAGAUGACAUUUCCCCCCUUUAAAAACAUUGUUUGGUCACUUGAAAACUAUAGCCUACAGCUGCUUCAAUGUAUUUUGUAAUUAGAUUAAAACAAAUAAUAUUUGGAUUUUCUAAACAGUU